GAUCCGGCAUUUUGAGUGGUUUCUCGGUGACCCGCGGUUGUGUCCUCCAAAUGACAUUUGUGAAAGAAAUCAAGGUGCUGGAUUUCUGAGCUGGUUCGGUCCGAUCCGAUCCGAUCCGUGUGCUUUGUUUGUGAGGUGUCUCUGGACAGUGGAAUAGUGAGGGGGAGGGGCAAUAUAUGAUAUAUUAAGAUGUCCCUUAGAAGCAUUGUUCGUGAGCUGCGGGAGAUGAGGGAUGGAAUUGGAAGCAUGUCAAGGAGAAGAGGGAAAGGAAGAUUUGGCAUAAAGACAAGGUCGCAUAUUGCUCCUGAUCAAGCACCAGCAACCUCGUCCGAAUCAAUUCAGCAGCAGGGCCGGUGGUCGAAUUUACCACCCGAAUUGCUCUUGGACAUAAUCCGGAGGGUAGAAGAGAGUGAGACAUCGUGGCCUGCUCGGGCAGUCGUGGUUUGUUGUGCUUCUGUUUGUAAGUCAUGGAGGGUAAUUACUGGGGAGAUUGUUAAAACUCCCGAGCAAUGUGGAAGGCUCACCUUUCCUAUCUCAUUGAAGCAGCCGGGGCCUCGCGAGUCUCCAAUACAGUGCUUUAUCAAGAGGGACAGAGCCACUUCUACGUAUUGUCUGUACUACGGUCUAGUGCCUUCCGAAGAUGAGAGUGAUAAAUUGUUGUUAGCAGCCAAAAAGAUCAGAAGGGCAACAAGCACCGACUUUGUUAUAUCUUUGGUUGCGGAUGAUUUUUCUAGGGCCAGCAGUACAUAUGUUGGUAAACUGAGGUCUAAUUUCUUGGGUACAAAGUUCACCAUAUAUGACAGCCAACCUCCAUGUGAAGCCAUGGUUCAACUAAAUAGUCGAUCCAGUCGAAGAUUCCAUUCUAAGCAGGUGUCUCCGAGAGUUCCGGCGUGUAAUUACAAUGUAGGGACAAUCUCCUACGAGCUCAAUGUUCUUCGCACAAGGGGGCCAAGGAGAAUGCAUUGUGUCAUGAACUCCAUACCUGUCUCUUCUAUUGAGGAGGGCGGAAACGCUCCAACACCAACAUCAUUCCCGCACUCCUUUGAUGAACAGUUUUCUCCAUUACCAGUUCCGAAAGGAAAGUAUUCGAUUACAGAUUUCAGCUCCACAAGCCUUUCAGAGCCACCGGGAUCAAUCCCGGGCCUGGGAGAGCCUCUGGUCCUUAAGAACAAGGCUCCUAGAUGGCAUGAGCAGCUGCAGUGCUGGUGCUUGAAUUUCAGGGGGCGUGUUACUGUGGCCUCUGUUAAGAAUUUCCAGCUUGUGGCAUCCGUGGGUCCAUCCCACAAUGUUUCAGCUGCAGAGCAAGAAAAGGUAAUCUUGCAGUUUGGAAAGAUUGGAAAAGACAUCUUCACCAUGGAUUAUCGCUACCCACUUUCUGCCUUCCAAGCCUUUGCCGUCUGCUUGAGUAGCUUUGACACCAAACCAGCCUGUGAAUGAAACCCAUGUUGGUCGGAGAUAGUACUCUCCGUUUGCUGAAUUUCUUCUCUAAUUUUUGGGAAUAUAAAUAUGCUCUUCCUGGUAGUUCAGCACGCAUGGCCGUUCACAGCUGAGAAUCAUGUGCAGCCUGUUGUUUCUUUUUUCCCACAUUUUUUUUCCUUUACCCUUGGGAAUUUGACUCGAAUGGUGUUCCAUCGACCUGGCACUACUGAAAUUAAAUUAAAAAAUAAUUUAAAGUUAUUUAUGU